CGUUGCCAUUGUAAACGAAGAAGCUCGAAGAUAAUAAAUAAAACACAGAGCCGUUCGUUCGUCUUGUCUAAGUUUCACAGAUUCGAUUCUACCAACUCCCGACAAAGAUUCGACCUUGUGUUCCGAUUCUUCGAUAUCUUAGACCUUCCAUUGGUUAAAUUGAUCAUUUCUUCAAGCUACACGAGCAAGGUCUCUCUUCUUCUGUAUCUUCGUUCCUUGCAACUUUCGCCUAAAGGGUAAACGUCGUUGCUAUUAAAAGCCCUGAGCUUUCGAUAUGAAUAUGGAGUUCGUUCAUUGGAAUGAAGAAGUGGAGAUUCUACUGUUCAGUUUUGGGUUGCUCUCUUGAUUCUUUAAGUCAAGAGAGGAAGAAAUGGAUAUAUGGUUAAUCGCUGCGACUGCUGCUACGGGGUAUAUAGCUAGGCAAUUGCAGAAUGUGACGAAAGGUAAAAAUAACAACAUCCUUGAAUCCUCUUCGGAUGAUGUUCAUAGUGCGAAUCCCGAAUCUCCUCCUAGGUGCCUGCUUAACAGUUCGGUGAGAGUUAAGAAAGCUAAUGAAAACAAGUUUGGGGAUGAGAAAAUGAUAUCAGAUGGGGAACAUCAGGAUACUUCUACGAGUGGGGAGAAUUUGGGAUGUUACAAUACUAACCAUUCGGAUUCUUUUAUUGGUUUCAUGCCUGAAGUCUCUGAAGUUGAACAUGGGAAUUGGAAAACCAGUGCUACUCUUGCAGGUGACACACAGUUCAAUUCUUCAUUUAGGCAGAGAACAUUCAUUAGGAGAAACCAGCGGUACAGGCGAUUAACCAAACCUUUGAGUUCCCUGGAUAACUGCUUAAUGUCUCAGUUUCAUAGAGAGCAAAUGACCAUGGAAGAUUACAUGACUAGCCCGUUUCCAUCACCACACGCUUUAGUUUCAAGGCCAUUACUCGUGACUGAUGGUACUCGUGUAAUUAGUAAGAGCACUGCAGAUUCGUUGUGGCUGAGCCAACAUAUUAUGCUCAAUGACGAUAAGGCUACAGAAAGUUGCAAAAUCCCUGGAUUGGAGUCUUCGGUUGAGAGAAGAGUGGGAAAUGAGACGAGCAAGAGUAGAAAGCAUGGUCUAGGUGAUGCAACAAUGUUACUACAAAUCGGUAUCUCGAUUGGCAUCAUGUCCUCGUUCAUGGCAAGCCAAGCCGAAGUGAGCAAAGUCCAACAAGAGCUGAAGCAAACAGAGAACUUGGUGCAUGAUUUAGAAGAUGAGCUCAAGAUGAAAGACUCGUUGAUAGUGAGAGAGAUAGAUAUUGAAUACGCAGCUGAGAAUUUAGAAUCUAUAAGUAAUAUCGAAGCAGAGCUUGAAGCUGAACUUGAAAGGCUAGAAAUCAACAUGAAUUCCUCCAACAUUGAGACAAGACUCUCUGAUUUGAUCGAGAUGGAGUCGGACUGUGAGGUAGAAUUUGCACAGGGUGAACUGAGAGCUGAUCAGGUAAAAGGGAAACGUUUAGAUGAAAUUGAGUCCAACCAGGACCCAAGUGGCAACUCCACGCCUGAGUCAGGAAACUAUGCUGUCUCACCUCGUGAAUUGAGCUUGCGGUUGCAUAAAGUUAUCAAUUCACGUCUUGAGAAACGGAUUGCAGAGCUCGAGACCGCACUCCAAGAGAGCCAAAGGAAGGUGGAGCAGCUGGUCAUGGAAUCAGAGAGCAAGAAGAAGUCAUGGUCAAGGUUAUGGGAAACCCGCGAUGUGAUGACAUAUAAGAGUGACUCAAAAAUCCCAGUUGCUAUAGAGCACACCAGGACUAAUCUUGCUGAGAUCCAACCCCUGGUUAUGAACUUAACUGGGGAAGCACUUGAUGCAUUCAAUGAAUCUUACGACGAAUUGAUGAAAAUAAACGAUGACUCGGAAGAUGAUGAUGAUGAUUCACCAUUGGAGAUGCAAGAGAGCGGGAUUCACCAAGAAGAUUUCUCUUCAACAAACAAAAGCUCACCUUGUAGCCAUCAGAAGGAUGAUUUAAAGGUGCAGGAGCAGGAGCUGCUAGACCUUAUUGGUAUGGAAGAUGAAGAAGAAAACAGCGGCUUUGAGAGUGAAAUGGAGAAGCAACUGAUAAAGCAGAUUGUUGAGAAAACAAAACAAGGGUCUCCUGUUGUGUUGAAUGCUCAGAAGAUGCUGUUUCUCAUGGAAGAAACUGAACAUAAACUAUAACAUAGGCAACAUUAGAGUUUUGCGUGGAUGAAAUUUUCAAAGUUGAAACAAAGCUUACUUUUUUUGCUUAAAAUUCAAUGUAUACCUUAAGAAACCA